AUGGGUCCUGCGUUUCCGAAGAGAAGGCGACAGGAGGACGACCAUGCGCGACCGAAGAAAAAGGUCAAGAAAGUCAAAAAGCAGACAAAUUAUCACAGUUCAUCGGAAGACGAAGAUGAUGACCUAGCACAUCCGCGCGCGAUCGGUGAUGAGGAGGACGCUGAAGAUACCGAGGACGAAGAACAAACACUAGAAAUCAAUACCGCCCUCAAUGCCAUCCAAACGGAUGACCUAGACGACGAGGAUGACGACAAUGAGGAACAACUCGCAGACCUCGACCUCGACGACGAACUCGACCUCGACUCCGACAACUCGGGCGACUCCUCCGACUCGGACACAGCGUCCAACCCCAACAGCACCUCCGCCAACGCCGUGCGCGUGCGCAAGAAGCGCAACGACCCCGACGCCUUCGCGACCAGCAUCACCAAAAUCCUCGACACCAAACUCAGCACAUCCAAACGCAGCGACCCGGUCCUCAGCCGGAGCAAGUCCGCGGCCGACGCGAACAAGACGCUCGCGGACGAGCGACUCGAGCAGAAAGCCCGGGCGCAGAUCCGCGCCGAGAAGAAGCUCUCGUCGGAGAAGGGCCGGGUGCGGGACACGCUGGGGCUGCGCACGCCGGACGUCGAGACGGGCGCCCUCGUCGAGCUGGAGAAGCGCCUCAAGAAGACGGCGCAGAGGGGUGUGGUGAAGCUCUUCAACGCCGUCCGCGCGGCGCAGGUCAAGAGCGAGGAGGCGAUGCGCACGGCCAAGGCGGAGGGCGUGGUCGGCAUGCAGGCGAGGGAGGAGAAGGCGAACGAGAUGUCGAAACAGGGCUUCUUGGACCUCAUCUCGGCGGGAGGGAAGAAGGCUGCUGUGACGGCAUGA